UUGCAAAGCAAGGAAUAAAAGAUCUUAUUGAUAAGUGUCUUGUGUCCGUGAGAUACGACAAAAUAACAAUGCAUGAUUUACUUCAAGAAAUGGGUAGAGAAAUUGCUCGAAAUGAUACUUGUAAAGAAAUUCGAUUGUGGCAUCACGAGGAUAUCUUCGAAGCAUUUGAAGAAAGAUAAGGAGAUUGAAGCAGUACGAAGCAUAAGCUUGGAUAUGUCUAAAAUAAGCAAUGCAAGGUUAGAUUUUCGUGCUUUGUCAAAGAUGCGUAAACUCAGAUUCUUGAGAGUAUACAACUCACAACACGGAGAAGACAAUGCGCAGAGAAUCUUUAGUUUAUGCAAUCAUGGAAAUGAGUUGAAAGUUUUUCAACACCUUCAAUCCUUUCCCAAUGGCCUAACAUUCUUCAGCUUGAGUGGAUAUCCAUUUAAGUCAGUGCCAAAACAUUUUCUUCCAAAGACUCUUGUCAGACUUGAUAUGCCAUUUAACAAAGUUAAACAUUGGAAUGGUGUUGAGGAACUUGAAAAUUUGAUAGAUGUUGAUCUUAGUUUCUCUCAACACAUGAAAGAGCUUCCAAAUCUCUCAAAAGCCACAAAUCUUCAGUCAUUGAAUCUAAGUUAUUGUAAAAGUUUGUUGAAGAUCACUCCCUCAUCUAUUCAAAAUCUCAAUAAGCUUGUCAAUUUGGAUCUAUACGGUUGCUCAAGGCUUAUAAGUCUACCAGAUGGCAUUCAAUCCGAACGUAUUGAUCUCAGUUACUGCAAUGAUCUGAAGAUGGCUCCAAAGAUCUCAUGUAAGGUGGAAGUAUUACUUUUAAGGGAAACUUCAAUAAAAGAAUCACCCUUCAUCGAACAGCCAUCGAGACUAGUUGAGUUGGAUCUUUCAGAAUGUUCAUUAAAAGUUAUUCUUGAUUGCAAGAAAACGAAGCAGCAGAUUGUACUACCAAUUUUCCAUAAGGUAGACCAUCUCUGUAAGGCAUCAGAAAGAGAGUUUUGGGAAGGGAUUGCUGAACUUCAAGACCGUUUUAAGGAACAGCCGGAGAUGCUGCAAGGAUGGAAGAGUGCGUUGAACGAAGCAGCUAAUCAAUCUGGUUGGACAUAG